UGUGCUUUAUCUGACAGGACAUAAAUUGGACAGACAUAGCAAAAAAAGCCAUACGUCCACCAUACAUGCCGGUCUGGCGGAGACAGCCACGUCCAGUUGAGAAGGUCGAUGUAAACACCAAUGGGGACCAGUCGGGCGUGGCUCUUCCCCUUCAGCCAGAAGUCACCCCGUCGCAGAAGCAUGACACUACUUUCAAGAUACCCCAGGUGCCAAAGAAGAAGCGAAUGACGUUGCGUGACAGUCCUGCUCCUCCAGAUGGGGUUAAACCAGCAUCACAUAGUCCAGUUGUAUCGGCGUCUACAUCAGAUUGUGCAUUAAAGACGGAAUCUUCUAUCAGAAUGUCACAGAAGAGAAAGCAUAAUAGCAAUUCAGAAGGGUCCACAGUAUUACCUAAGAAGCAUUGUCCUUCGAGAUCUUCAGAUAGCAAGACGCUGUUGAAGAUAACACAGAAGGUGGACAAGGAAGGAAGACAACUUAAAAGAAGAUAUUCAUACGAUGACAAAAGCGCACAAUCUUGUGAAGAAGUGCAGCCACACAGACUUUCUACAAAAAGAAGGAAGACAAUGUAGAUCCUUGUUUUGCUGUAGGGGCGUAGGUAGAGUCAUGAUUGGAAUAACUGAGCAGACGGUCGCUAUUCAGUAAGAUGUCAAGAUCAUGGGAGUGAGUAUGAAGACGACUGCCUUCUACGAUGUAGCAACAUGUAGUCUGGUAGAAGAUUACCAGUGUUUCAGGGGUGAUCGUUUCCUUUGCAAUCAGGAUGAUGAGUAAGCCAAGCGUGAGGAGUGGUUUUACGAUUGAGGAAACAGUCAAUCAAGGCAGAACAUUGGCUGGACCUGUGAUAAAGGUGCACGAGGGGGCAUACCACAUCCAUAGCAUAUGGAGGGUGAAAGGACAUGUAAAGUGAGAGUGGGUAUGGGAAAUAGCCCUUAUCAGGGCGCUUCUGAGACCAAUGGAAAUAUUUGCGGGGGAGAAAAUUUAAAGGAAUGGAAUAAAUAUCAUGAGAGUUGGAAGACAGAAAUUAAAUAACUUUUCACACUCAAUUCCUAGAAGUUCUGAUUUAAGAUAUUUUUGAUUUCCUGGUCAAACUGCAAAACGUUUGUUUGUUUGUUUGGUUUAUAUAUAUAUAUAUAUAUGCGCUUCUUCCUUGAUUCUGUGACUACAUAUUUAGUGCAGACAGGCAACACUUUAUGUCAAAUGGUGUUUUUUAUCCUAGCUUAGUGUUUACUGCUCCCUGAAUUUAAUGAAUAAAUGGAAUUUAUUCUCG